AUGGCCGAGCGUAGUAACAACUUAGAGAGUCGUAGCCAAAAGGGAAAUAUUGUUGAAAUUGGUGCAAAUGAGAUCAGAUUACUGGAAGCGGCUGAAGUUUUAGAAAUUACUAAAGAGGAUAAAAAUGGAAAUAUCAGGGAGUUUAUUUUUAGUAGCCUUGACUUGUUUCUCAAACCAGGUAUGGAUAUGAAUAAUUUAUUGAGUACUUCUGAAAAACAGAGAAUUGUUUUGGAGGAAAUUAUGGGAAUCAGAUCUAUGGAUAAAAAGAUUUUAACUGGAUAUCCAAAUAUUCAACUAUAUCCUGGUCAAUCGAUCAUUCAAGUUUGUAGAGAUAAUGGAAUUAUUUCCUAUAUUUUCCCUUUGCAUGAACCAGAAGAAUUAAAAACAUUAAAAAAAGUCUGGUCACUUACUUCCGUACCACUUGGUCAUAUCCGUAACUACUUCGGGGAAUCUGUUGCAUUCUACUUUGCAUUUAUUUGCUUUUACACUUGGGCGCUGUUUCCCCCUGCCGUUGUUGGUAUAAUUCAAACUAUAAUUUCAUUUGACAUAUCUCAUUCACAUGUAUUCUUUGCUGUGUUUAAAAUGAUCUGGCUUACUCUCUUCCUUGAAUGCUGGAAACGAAAAAGUAAUGAAUUGGCUUAUCAAUGGGGUACACUGAGACUGGUUACCAUACCGAAACUUCAUCCAACUUUCCGUGGAAAGUAUAUGGGGAUUGAUCCUGUUACCAAGCAGCACAUUCCCAUAUACCCUGGGUACAGACGACAUUUCAAAGUUUACUGUGUGUCUUUACCACUAGUCAUUCUUUGUCUGCUUUUUGCUGUUAUUGUCAUGCUUGCAUACUUUCACAUUGAAAAAAUGGUAAUAAGUUUAUAUGAUGAUGGAAGCUUUCUUGGCUGGGUUCUUUCACAAAUUCCUGGCAUAGUCUAUGCCAUUAUAGUUUAUAUUAUGAAUGUUGUAUAUGCUUACAUCGCAAAUGUUCUUACAGAAUGGGAAAAUCACAAGACUCAAGAAUCAUUUGAUAACCAUCGCAUUGUAAAAUUGCUUUUGUUUGAAUUCGUAAAUAACUUCAUUGCCAUGGGAUACAUAGCUUUUUAUGAGAGGGAUCUGAAUAUGUUAAAAUGGCAAAUAGCAGUUAUGAUGGUUGUAAAUCAACUUUUUAAUCAAUUCCAAGAGGCUGUGCUACCAUUUUUAUUGCAUAAAUUUCGUCAAAGAUGGAAAGCUAAAUCCUUAUCUAUGAUUUUACCGAGAAUAAAGGAUAUCUUAGAGCAGCGUGAAAUGUGGACAUAUGAAGGAACAUAUGAUGACUAUUUAGAAAUGUUUACACAGUUUGGAUAUGUGUUUCUAUUUUCUUCUGUUUUCCCUCUUGCUGCUACUCUUGCAAUACUAAAUAAUAUUGUUGAAAUAUGGAUGGAUGGUUUCAAGCUUUGUUAUUCUUACCAGCGACCUCAAGCUCGUCCUAUUAAAGGAAUUGGUGUUUGGCAGGUUGCCUUUGAGGUGCUAAGUUUACUAGCUGUGAUGAGUAAUUGUGCCCUAAUCAGUAUGUCACCAAUUAUUAGAUCUUAUGCUCCAGAUAUGUCACUUUCAUCAUGGUUAUUAGUUGCAGUUGCUGUAGAGCAUAUCAUUAUUGCUGUGAAAAUGAUUUUGUCUUAUUUAAUAUCUGAUGUACCUAAAUGGGUUAAAGUUGCAAUACAGAAAGCUCAGUAUGAAUCCUUACAAGCUCUCAAGUUGGAGCGCAAGAAGUUAACUAAAGAUAUGCUCAAGUCAAUGAAGCUCAAAAGUUUUGAAAAAAUCGAGUAACUGAAGAAUUUUUCUUGAAAUAAAGUAUAUACAUUCUGGGUGAAGAUGAAUAUGUCAAGUGGUAACCUUUUUUGUAUUGGAAAGCACAUUUUUCUCUCAAGAGUACACUAUGUACCAUUUAAACAUUUAACUUUCUGUGUAAAUGCAACUUCUUCCUGUUUAUAUCAGAAUAAUGCAGUAGCUGCAGUAUUUAUGUCAAGAAUGAGUAUAAUCUUAAAUUUCUACCAAGAUUAUCAGUUUUUAAUUUUUGAAAAUAAACUUAGCAGCUUUUAUGCAUGCUGAUGAAAAUUCAUCAUUGUUUAAAUAUAUAACUUCAUUAAAAUAGAGAUGUCAUCAUUAUAACUUUACUAAAAUAUAGAUUAUGUACAUCUUAGUUUCAUAAGUUUGAUGUAAAUGACAUUCUAAAUCAAUACAUUUGUAAUAAGUACAGUUUUAUGAUUUAUACAUAUAUAUUUAUACUAUUUCAGUGUGAAAUGCAAUUGCAGUGUGAAAUGCAAAUUUCAGUGUCUGCAUUUGUAUGUUGUAUAUAUGCACAGUAUUAUUUUUAAUUUAUAAAUAAUUUUCUGUUUAUCAUGCACUUUUUAAAUAAUUGACCACAAUUUCUGAAGUAUUUUGUUCAUUUCAAAUUUAAUAGUCUUUAUAAGGUGUUCCCCCAUUUUCUGUUGUAUUUCCUUAGACUUAGUGCCCUCCCACUAACAUAAUGCUGCAGCUGAGGAUGCUUCCCUCAAAAAUGUAAUUCUAUAAAUGUAAGUCAUUUAACAUAUUUAAUGUCAAAGUGCAGAAUGAGGUGAUAAAUGUUAAUGAAGCUAAAACAUAAAUUGUAUUGUUCAGUGUAAAAGAAAAUAGUAUUUUAAUAUUCAAAUAAAAACUUUCCUGUGUCCCUAUUUAAGUGCCUAUUUAAAAAUCAAUCUCUUUAAGUAAAAACAGUUAUCCAGAACUCAUUAUCUGAAUUGUUUGGUCUUCCUUUAUAGCUGGUUUAAACUGAGCUUUUUAUUAAUUAAUUUUCACAUUGUUAUUUAUUUUUAUUUAUUGUUUUUUUUUAAAUAAUGCAAAAGGAUGAAAAUGUAUAGUGUAUAUGAAUGUUUGUGUGAAUAUAUAAAUCAGUAUAUUAUGAAAGCUUAAAUAACAUAUAAUGUAAAAAUUAUGGGAAAAUGGACUUUCAAAACUAAAAUCUAGCACUAACACAACUAAGAUUAAUUACAUUUAUUAACUAGAGAGCCUUUCCCCCCAGAAAAAGCAGAGUAAUAUUUGCAUACUCUUUCAUAGUAUAUUUGGGUGUUGUAUGUUGUAUCCAACAUUAGGGUGAUUUAUCCAAUAUUAUUACAGUAUUUUUUUUUCCUUAGGAGUUGAAAUUGUGUUGGGAUAUUUUCUUCAUCUAAUUAACAAUAAAACUGACUUAAAUUAACUUAAUUGGACUAAAAUAGUAAUUUCACUUCUGUUAAAUUUUCCACUGAAAUAGACAGGGACGGUGAAACAUGAUUCAGAUGUUCUUAACUGCUGGUUAGUAUAUAGAGAAAGUCCACCUUUUUCCAUGGAAUCAGCAAUAAGUAAUUUAAUUAAAAAGUAUUUCUGGAAUGUAUCUUUAAUGACAAUAACUUCUCUUGUUACAGUAACUUCUACUCUGCUUUUUUCAGGGGGCUAUCUCUCUAGUUAUUAUAUAUGUAUAUAAAGAACUGUAAGUUAGAUGAAUAGGAGUGGCACAUUUAUUGGCUAAAUUAAUUGUAAGCUAAUAAACAUGCCAUGUAUAUUUAUUUCAUCUAUUUCAAAAGCAUAUUACCAUGAAUCAUUUGAGAAGUACAUAGUUCAUAAAUACUAUUAAAAAGCAAUUACAUACCAAUACCAUAUAUAAAGCUUUCAGUGUUUUGUUUUCUCUGUAAAUUAAGGUGUACCAAGUUUUUUUUUUUUUUUUUUUUUUUUUUUUUUUUUAACAGAAGGAAUAAUUAUGAAGAUGCUAUUAAUCUAAAUUUGUCUUAUUAUGCACAGAUAAAUAUAUAUAAUUUUAGAUUUGUAUAAUUUUUGUUUAAUUUUUAAGGAAAGUGUUAUUUGUUUUUUAAGGAUAAAAUAUUUAUUCAAAUAAAUUCAUGAUUCUAUUUAAAUUAAUAAAACAAAAGAAGUCCAUUCUGCCGUUUGUUUAACAGAAUUAGAAAUAUUCCAAUAUUUUCACUGUAGAAUCUUUAUUAAAGCAUAAUAAUGGAAAAAGUUCCUUUAUUUGCAUUUCUGUAAAUAUACAUUUGACCUUCUGAAGAAAGCAACUAAAUUGUUAUAAUUUUCUGAAUAUUUAUGAAUUAUGGUCAAUGUUAGGGAAGUUAUUUGGAAUUCUCCUGUAUAUCUUUUGUUUUAUAUCUAGUAUGAUUAAAGUACAUCAGUUUAUCUUUCUUUUAGGAAUUCGUAAAUAUUUGUUUGAGGAUUUUAUAAACAUUUUCACUGUUUCAGAAUUAUAUAAAAAUUUAAUACGGUAUCAGAUUAAAAAAUUUCCUGUACAACAAACUUUUAACACUUUCAGUAAUCU